UCUCUUACAUGGUCAGUGUGUGUUUACGAUAAAGCACCUGUCUGUUGCCUGCUCCAUUUACAUGAUGAAGAACCUUCACUUUAAGGAUUUCUUCUGGAACUCGGACCUGACCUCCACUGUCGGGUAUGAUGCCAUCAUUCAAUAUCUCAAUGAUGGCAAGAGGACAUGCAAGGAGGUGGAGGAUUUUAUGAAAGCCAGGGCAUCAGUUGAAGAGAAGUAUGCCAAAGAACUCCUUAGUUUGUCCAAGAAGGUGUGUGGACACAGUGAGAUGAACACAUUAAAGAGAUCCUUGGACAUGUUGAAAUUACAGACUGAACAAGUAAGUCUGUCACAUUUACAACUGGCCCAAAACAUGAGGGAGGAGGCCAAGAAACUGGAAGACUUCAAAGAAAAGCAGAAAGAAGCUAGGAAAAAGGUAGAACAACAAAUGGAUGCUCUCCACAAACAGAGGUCCUCACAGUACAAGAAGACAAUGGAUUCAAAGAAGACUUAUGACCAGAAGUGUCGAGACAAAGAAGAAGCGGAUCAGAACGUGAACCGAAACACCAACACCAACAACACCAAGCACAUGGAAAAGCUCUACGCAAAAGCACAGCAGGCAAAACAGAACGCAGAAGAAGCAGACAGGUUAUACCAGCAGAAUGUCACUACACUGGGAAAGAUUAGAGAUGACUGGAUAAAGGACCAUAUCAAAGCCUGUGAGAUGUUUGAGAAGCAGUCAGUGGAGCGGAUCAACUUUCUGAGAAACACAGUCUGGACUCACCUCAACCAGUUAUCCCAGCAAUGUGUGACCAGUGACGAGCUCUAUGAGGAAGUGAGGAAGUCACUAGAGCAGUGUGACAUCCAGGAAGAUAUUGAACAUUUUGUAAACCUCAGACAGACUGGUGAUAAACCACCAGUUCCAGUUGUGUAUGAGAACUUCUAUAGUGGUCAGAGAUCUCCAACUGGAGCACCACCCUUUCGAAUGCCUCCACCAGUCAACAGGAGGGGACCAUUACCUCUGCCAACACAGAACAGUAAUGAUGAGUCGCACUACUCAACAGUGGAGGACGCAGGCUACAGUGUUAUCCAGUACUAGCACACAUAUCUGCAGGAGGAAUUACUGCACACACUGUGGACUGUUCUUUGUGUCAAACUUCAGGGUUACUUUGUACUUCUCCUCACUUCCUCUUUUAUGAUUUCCUGUAAAAGGAAGGUCAUACCAGAGAGGAAAACGUGUGUCAUAAAUGCAGAUAGAGUUUAAGUAAUAGUGAACAUUUUAUUUUGGAGUACUUGAUUCUGUUUUUAAAAUUAGAACAGACUUGAAUGGUGAUGCUUUUGCAGUACAUUAGUGAUAAACAUCUACAGCUGUAUUGUCGAAUUCCUGUAUAAAUGUAGGGGCUCAUUGUGCUGACAGACAGCCUUUUAAUGUGUCGGUGCCAUGCAAGGUUCUUUCUUCUACAUAACUGCGUCACAUUUUACUUUUAAUUAUUUAAAAAAAUAGUCUAUUCAUAUUUUAAACACAAUAAGAUCCUGUGUAAUCUAGGUUUCAUUUCCCCUUGAGUAUGAAAGUGUCACGUCAGCUGACAGGUAUACGAGAAAACCUCAUGCACACACAGUAGACACACCCUAGUCAAGUGCAACCUGCACCCAACACUUUUUCAGACAAGGGUUAAAAGUUUUAUGCUCUGAACCAACAUUCCUGUAAUUAAAAUGUGUGUGAUGAUGAUUUAUAAUAUAUUUCUGAAUACUGGAGGAGGAUUGUAAGAGUUUCACUGUGUUUUUGGUUUUUUUUCCUUCUGCCCAUAUUAACGACUUUUUGUAGCAAAAAGUAAGUAGAUAGCAUUUGAUUCUGCGACCGAUCUGCUGUUGGUUUUUGUUAAAAACAUUGUUCUUCACUGCACUUCUUGAGACAUUUUUAUUCAUUAAACAGUGUUUUUACAAUACUGUACAAAAAUCUUCAGACAACCCUCAUUCCUUUAAAUUUGAUAAGUGCAACAAUUUAUUUAAACGUGUGCAAACAAACAUGGAAAUAAAGCGUACAAUUCUAAUGAGUUUGAAAGCCAAUAGUAUGAUCACAUUUAUUCAACAAGCCUGAACUCUUUUAGUCAAAAUUGCUUCUAAUUUCUUUAAGUAGUCUACAGGAAUAGUUCUCCAGGCUUCUUGAAGGACAUUCAAAGCUCUUCUUCAAAUGUUCACUGCCUUUUGUUCUGUUCUCUCUCAUGAUGAUCCCACACUGCUUCAGUAAUGUUGAGAUACGGGCUCUGGGGAGGCCAAUCCAUGACUGUUAGCGGGCAUUUUUAUGUCCAGGCAUGCUUUUACUUCAGUGGCAGUGUGUUUAGGAUCACGUGGUUGUGUUUGUCAUGCUAAGAGAUGAAGCUAUUGCUAUCACACUCUUUAUGUAGCAUUGCAUUAUUUAUUGAAAUCUGACUGUACUUUACUUCAUUUUUAAUCCUGUCAAUUUUUGCAUUUUUUUUAACAAUGGUUAAAAGCCAAGAUGCAGCUCCAAUGGUGACAGACCCUCAACUGUGAUAUACAGGUGGUUGUAGGCACCUCUCUCAUCUUGAUUCCAGUUUUUGUGCAGUUUGGCAAACCUCAGCCUUUUCUCCCCAUUCCCUUCCUUAAGAAUGACUUCUUGACAGCCACCAAGACCAUUUCUGAUGGGGCUUUGGCAAACGGUAGAUAAAUCAUCUGAAGAUCCCUCUCUUGUCUCCUGUGUCAGCUCUUUGGAUCUUGUCGUAUUUUAAGGACAUGACUCUCACAUACUGUUAAUCUGCUGUAGAUAGUUUUUAUACCUGCAACUUCUUUUGUCCUCAUUUGUACAGUUUUUUUUCUAUAUAUGCCAAGUUUUCAACAAAUAGCUCUUUGGGUUCAAAAACACUAUUUUAUGCCUGUUAAUCUGUGUUUUCAUUGGCAUUUUUUGUAGAUUCAACUACAGAAAUGAGAGGUGGCUCAAGGCUUUUCCACAGCACUGUAAAUUGAGGCACUUUCUGAUCCCUGUGUUUAUACAGGUUGUAUGUUAGCUAUAAUAUUUUCUCAUGAUCAUC